AUGUCCUUGCCGGCGCUGCAUUCAUUACUGCUGCAGACUCCCCUCUCGCAGCUCAACUCUGUCUUGUCAGAUAUACGCGGUCUGCUAGCCCCUUCCAAUGCGCAGGUUACAGGCGCCAGUCCUGGCCUGAGCAAGGAAUUCGAGGCGUCUCUCCCCUCUCUACUCGAACGGUUCUAUGAAGAACAGGGCAAGGUCGUCAGGUUGCGUGGCAUGGAAGAGGGCAGUAUCAUUGCUCAGGAAGCCCGAGAUGUGAGCGAGAGCGGUGGUAGCGGCAGCACAUACCGCGACGAGGCAAAGACGAAGCGCUUUCAGCUAGACAGUGUGGGCGGCAUGGCCACGUCUGCAGAUACGUAUACAGUGCAGAGCAAGGACGAGCUCAGGAUUGAGCUGGAAAGGGCGCUGCAAGGCUAUCUCAGGCAGCACUACCCCGACCUGGACAAGAGCAGGACCAAUGAAGGAGCAUGUGGAGCGGUCUGGCGGGGACCGCUGAGGGAGGUCAAGAUCCAGAAGACGGAAAAGCCGAUUGAAGCAACACCGGUGCAAGGGGCUCAAGAAGACAAAGUCAUGCAAGAUGGAACUGCUGAGACCGAACAGGUCCGAACCGAGGCCGACAAUGCAGAGAAGUCUGUAGAAGGGAACACUGCUGAAGGGGAAGAGGGCGCAUCAGGAUCAGCAGCUGUCGUCGAGCCGGCUGCCUCGUCAACACUAGUCACAGAGGCGCCAAAAGCGGCAAGCGAGGAUGCAGGCGCAGAUGACGAGGAAGAAGAGGGCGAGCUCAUCGAAGAGGAAGGCGGUGAAGCAGCCAAGUAUACCAUCAGGAUCGUUUCGGGCAAGAGCAAUGCCGCCAAUUUCUGGUCGGGGCGACUUCUCUCUACGUACAUCUACGACACUUCGUCCUCGACCUUGACCGGAUCUCUCAAGCUACAGAUUCACUACUACGAGAAUGGCAAUGUGCAGCUCAACACCUCAUCUGUCUCUACUGAGCUGCCUCUGCCUACCACAUUUUCUGCAUCAUCAACCGCGAGUCAAAAGGCAAAAGCCAUCAUCCAGACCAUCAAGAAGUACGAGACGGACUACCAAACGGGCAUAGAGGUGACUUAUGAAGGGCUGAAUGAGCGGGCAUUCAAGAACCUCAGGAGGCAGCUGCCUGUCACUCGACAGAAGGUAGACUGGGACAAGGUACUAAACUAUCGGCUGGGCACCGAUCUGGCUGGAGCUCAGCAAGCUCGAUGA